GGGAGCAAGAAGCACAGUUGGAUGUGGGGCUUCUUUUAGAAGUUAAUGCACAACUACGGCAAGUGACUCUGUUGAAUGGUAUUUUGUAUACUGCCUGUUUUUACUUUUACUGGUACAAUGAGGUUAUGGUUGUUAUUGGCUAAUGUUGAGAUAGAUAUGAGUUGUCGAUGAGUUGAAGAAGGUGAACAAUUUAGUGGCCGCAUGCGUUUGAUGGGGACAAGCUCGGACUUGAGGCUAUGUUGCAGAAAGUUUUGCAACUCUAGGCUUCCAUUAUCAUCUCUAAUCGCAGUGAUAAAUGACUUGCUUGAUCCAACGGCUCAAAAUUUACGUGUUAGAGAAGAUGCACAGUCUCUUCAGUCUUGUAAAAAAUAUAUUAUUGCUGAGUUGAAAUCUGUUGGUCUUAUUUAUGCUAGUAUAUGCUCGCAUGGUGGAACACCUAGUUCAUUGCUCUGCAGUUUUUAUUGGGAGAAUCCACCAGUUCACUUAGGUAAAUCUGAGAUAAACAGGAGGACUUUGAUCCAUACAGUUAAUCCAGAUGCUGAGAAUUCAUUUAAAAAGACCGUGGAAGUGGAUAUACUAAUAGAUAUGCUGAGCGAUGUAAAUGAUAAGGAGGUAGCAUUGGAGUGUGGAGAUGCACAUGCAAAAUACAUGACUGGGUCACUAGUUUAUCUUUUAGAGUGCUCAAAAGAUAUUUCUGUAUUUUCCACGCCAUGUCUCAAAUAAUUAACUCAUUCCCCUCCCACAUAUUGGUUUGAUGCUAAUUUAUCUCAUUUUUUAAUAAUUCACUCGAAAAGUGUAUCCACAAAUGAUCCUUGUUAAUCGGUGAAUAAAGUUCUUAUUAAGAUGUGGUAUGAUUAUUUGAAGUGCAUGGUGUCUGUUUUAUCUUAAGAGUUCUAUUUAGUUUAAUUUUAACAAGGUCAUCUUAUGUUUUGAGCAGCUUCAGCAGCUUGUUGUAGAAAAUGUACUUGCAUUCAAUGAGAGCCUUUGCAUACGACUUGUAGCUAGAACGGAUACUUGCAAAUCAGUGGAGACUUUAUGCUUUGGAUUAAAUUUGUUUUCUCUUAUAUCAGCCUUUUCUUUUGUAAUAGAAAUUUUGCCACCUAUUUUUGUUUGCAGAAAGACUGAAGAAUUGGCUUUAUCGGCAAUGAGCACAGUGGACUGCCUAGUCCAUAAGACUAAUGUAAUGUUUGUUUCUCUAAUUGUGCUAAAAGACAGCCUGCACCCUAUCAUAGAAAGAUUGUUUCAGAGUAUUGCUUAGAGUUGCCGGAAUAUUUCUAUUUCAUGUAUUUUUGUC